AUGAAAGCAAUUAAAGCGAUUCCACCAGUACUUUCGUGCCAAGCAUUGAAAGAUCUUUUACGAUCAUCUUCGCAGAAAGUUUCCGUGCUCGAAGCUGACAUUGGCAAACAAUUUCACAACGAAUUCUUACACGCUCACAUUCCAAAGGCUCAGUUCUUCGAUCAACUCGAAUGUACACAACCAACAAAAUUGAUUCCACGCGGUCUACCUGAUAUCAAAUGUUUCGAAUCGUAUCUCUCACGUCUGGGUGUAUCAAACAAAGACCAUAUUGUUCUCUAUGAUCGUUCACCGAUGGGGUUCUAUGCAACAAGUCGAGCUUGGUGGUUAUUGAAAACAUACGGCAUGGAUAGUUUAUCUAUUCUAAACGGCGGAUUUCAUAAAUGGGCGAAGGAAGUCAACGAUUUAGAACCAUCCAAUGAUAAUCAGCCUAAAGAGACAGGAAUAUUUACCGUUCAUCUUAAUGAAAACAUGGUAAAGGAUUUUCAAACGAUGUUAAACAUUGUUUCUUCGAAAGACAAAAAACAACAGAUUGUCGAUGCUCGACCACGAAAUCUUUUUAGUGGUGAAAAAGGUGGGCAUCUGCCAGAUUCACUUAAUGUUUCAUACAAUGACGUAUUUGAUCAAGACAAUCAAUGUUUGAAAUCGAAGAAAGAACUUCAAAAACUUUUUGAAAAAGCUGGUGUUAAUUUAUCGAAACCAGCUAUUUACACCUGUCAAACAGGUACAACAGCGAGUACAUUAGCUUUUAUUGCUCAUAUUCUCGGUCAGAAGUCGUACUCAGUUUAUAACCAUCAACGUCUGUGA